CCUCAAUCACUGGCCAUCUCACCCUGCAACCCCUUUAGAAACCCAUUGAGCCACUGAAGACAUAAACAACAAUGUCUAUGGAACGAUUUGACUGCCAUUACUGCAAGGACACUUUGCUUGGAAAGAAAUACAUCCUAAAAGAGGACACCCAAUACUGCACAAAGUGCUAUGAGAAUCUGUUUGCUAACUGCUGUGAAGUGUGUUCUUUGCCAAUUGGGUGCAACUCUAAGGAUCUCUCCUACAAAGACCGGCACUGGCAUGAAAAUUGCUUCACGUGCGGCAAGUGCAGUCGAUCAUUGGUGGACAAAACAUUUGCUGCUAAAGAUGACCUUAUGCUUUGCACCGAAUGCUAUUCUCAUGAGCAUUCCUCAAAGUGUAACACCUGCAAGAAGACUGUCAUGCCAGGAUCACGAAAAAUGGAGUACAAAGGCAACAGCUGGCAUGAGACAUGCUUUCUGUGUCAACGCUGUCAGCAGCCAAUAGGAACCAAGUCUUUCAUCCCUAAAGAUAACAAUUACUUCUGUGUCCCUUGUUUUGAGAAGCAAUUCGCCUACCAAUGCUGUGCUUGUAAAAAAAAAAGGUUUGUGAAGGUCUUUUUUGAACCUUGA